AUGGAGGUGUCUAACCAACUGAGACAAGUCUUCAAAUUCAUCGAUGCAAAUGGGGACGGAAAGAUAUCUCCAUUGGAGCUCAGUGAAGUGCUCUUCAGCCUUGGACACGACAAGUCUAUGGCCACCAAGGAAGCUGAAGGAAUAGUGAGAGAAAUGGACUGUAAUGGGGACGGGUCGAUUGACUUGGAUGAAUUCAUGAAAGUUGUAGACACUGACCAUGAAGUUGGGGGUGUUGGCGAUGAUGACGAUCUAAUGGAAGCUUUUCUCAUAUUUGAUGCUGAUAAGAAUGGUUUUAUAUCGGCUGGGGAGUUGCAUCGGGUUCUGCUCAGCCUUGGAUCGGAGAAAUGCAGUCUUAGAGAGUGUCGCGAUAUGAUUAACGGGGUCGACAAGGAUGGAGAUGGGUUCGUGGAUUUUGAAGAGUUUAAAAUAAUGAUGAGUGCCGGAAGCAGGAAUUAG